UCCUCUGCAUUUUUUUGGGGCCAUUUCCAGUAGCCAUUUUUACUUUCCUUUCAGUAACAAGGAAGAAAGCAACAACAAUGGCGACCGUGGAACAGUGUCUGCUGGAACAAAUGGACCUAGAUGACCAGAGGAUACGUUUAAUUGUGCAACAAAAUCGAUCGGGAAGGUGGCGGCGUAGAUGUUCUCUUGAUGCUGGGAGGUCACGACGCUGCGACCGUGUCCAUCCCGAAGGUCAGUGCGAAAUCGAUCCGCUGUGGGAAAGACCUGCAGAGUUGCGAUCAAGGAUGGCACAUUGUAAGAAUGCAUACACACCACCAGGUGAAUUGCGGAGGAGUUUGCACCCGGAGCACUUCAAAAUAGAUCUGGCCCCGACCACAAGGAGAAUGAGCCUCCCCACUACUGUUGAGCUCCACCCGCCUGCUGUUAAAUCCCCCCACCUGCUCACCACCAUGGCCCUAUACGCUUUGGGAGCGAAAGAUCCUGGUGAUUACAAGUCACCUCCCAACAAGCCCCAGAGGUUUGGAAGGUCCUGGGAGGGGAUCGAAAAAUGUGCUGAAUAUGUCAGAGAGGUUCAGAACCCAGAAGCACCCCAAAGACAGAGGAUAAACAUUCUGUGCUGGAGUCUUCUUCAAAUGUUAGCCAGAGCCAAGUUGUGGAACAGGCUUGCAUUGCUUGUGGCCAUGGGGGACGUGGCUAAAGGGAAGAAGGUGUUUGUAUUGAAAUGUUCCCAGUGUCACACUGUGGAGGAAAGUGGAAAACACAAAGUAGGGCCAAACCUGUGGGGUUUGUUUGGGAGGAAGACAGGACAGGCACCGGGCUUUUCUUAUACACGAGCAAAUAUUGACAAAGGUAUUAUAUGGAGUGAAGAGACUUUGAUGGUCUACCUUGAAAACCCAAAGAAAUAUAUUCCCGGUACCAAGAUGAUCUUCGCUGGUCUCAAAAAGAAAAAAGAGAGACAGGAUAUCAUUGCAUAUUUAAAGGAUUCCACCUCACCCAAAUAGACGCACGACAACUGCACAUGUGUUCUGUAGCUGUGGACAAUUUGAUCAAGAUUCUGUUGAACUACAAUAUUAAACUAUUAAUCACAUAAAAA